AUCAUGGCCCCUGGUUUUUGUAUAAAAUGACUGCACAAUGAUGGUAGAAGCACAAGCUGAUCCACUGUCAACCACCAACCACCAACAUGGGCAAGAUUAUCUUCUACGAGGAGAGGAACUUCCAGGGCCGCAACUAUGAGUGCAUGAGCGACUGCCCUGACAUGUCCCCCUACAUGUCCCGCUGCCAGUCCUGCAGGGUUGAGAGCGGCUGCUUCAUGGUGUACGAGCGCAACAACUUCAUGGGCCAGCAGUUCUUCAUGAGGAGGGGAGAGUACCCUGACAUGCAGCGCAUGAUGAGCAUGGGCAUGAUGUUCGACAACAUCAGGUCCUGCAGAAUGAUCCCCAUGCACAGAGGAUCCUUCAAGAUGAGGAUCUACGAGAGAGAGAACUUCGGAGGUCAGAUGCACGAGAUGAUGGACGACUGUGACUCCAUCCAGGAGCGUUACCGCAUGUCUGACUGCCAGUCCUGCAACGUGAUGGACGGCCACUGGCUGAUGUACGAGCAGCCCCACUUCAGAGGCAGGCAGAUGUACAUGAGGCCUGGAGAGUACAGGAACUUCAGGGAGAUGAGCAUGGGAAUGGGAGGCAUGAGUGGUGGCAUGAGGUUCAUGAGCAUGAAGCGUAUCAAUGAUAUGUGCAAUUAAAUGUCUUUAAUUGUUCAUGGUAAUAAAAUAAUUGAAGAUCUUUCAUAA